AUGGCGGCCCCAGAAUCUUCCAGCGGCGCAACCCCAGCCGCACAUACGAUCAUCCCAGCCCCUAUCGCCACCAACGACCAGCACGCUUGCUUCAUCUGCCUCCAAACCGACAUCGACACCCCCGAUGCAACCUGGGUCAACCCGUGCCCAUGCAGCCUUGAAGCCCACGAAGAGUGCAUGCUGCGCUGGAUCGCCGAGGUGGAAAGCGGGCCGCGCCGUGCGAACGCCAACAAAGGCGGGCUCCAGUGCCCGGCCUGCAAGGAGCCGAUCACCGUCGAGGAUCCGUUUGACCCGGUCCUGGCCCUGCGAGAUAUCCUACACAAGCGAUACAGCAGGGUGUCGCCGUAUCUCUUGUCGCUGUUUGUAGGUGGUGGGGGGUUUGCAGGCGCCUACUGGUAUGGCGAGUUAGCUGCUAGCACGUUUGCUGGGCAUGAGACGGUGUUGAUCUGGCUUGGGUUCAAGGGCCGCCCAACACAGCUUCCAUCUACGAUAUUGAAGAUUGCGAUGCUGUCCUCCCUUGGGCCAGGCUUGGUGGUGUUGCGGUUUCUUCCAACUGGCGGUUCCUUUUUGCUCCUGCCUUUUACCGCAAUAUAUGGCGCGACACUCGUCGCUCGGGAUAACCUUCCAUCGUGGCCACCAUCGCCACAAUGGGCGAUGGCCCUGAUGCCGCUCGUCCAGUUCAGCUACGCCUACAUAUUUUACGAUCUAUUUGGGCCACUAGAAAAACGCCUCAACCGCGCUCUUCGCGGAUUACCCCCAGUCGAGGAGCCCGCACAAGCCGAGGCACCUGCCAUCGCAGCCCCGCAGCCAGCAGCGGGUGCACGGGAUGACGAAGACGGUGAAGGGGUAUGGGGAGCUUUCGCUACCGUUAGCCGUGCCCUACUCGGGAUAUUUACCGAUGGCGGCGACGAAGACGGGGCUGACGGGGACGGGAGGAUAAUUGAGGGACGGUUCGAGAUUAAUAUAGGGGGCGGAGGUGACGACGACGACGAUAGCGACGACGAGCUGCUGCUAGGGGAAGAAGCAUUAGAGGCGGUGGGUCAAGAAGUAGGGGGCGACGGAGUCGAGAUCCUCCCGGAGGACGCAGCACAACACGAUGACCAGCCCCAGCCAGGGGCUGAACCAAUACAACAGCAACAACAACCAGCCGCAGCGGCCCCUGCCCAGCCAGCCCAACAAAAUCAACAAAACCAACAACCCCAAAACGACGCCCGCAACAACAACCGCCGCCGCAACGAAGACCGUAACAACAACAACGACGGAACAUCCUACUUCACCGCCAUCAUCAACCAUGUCGUCACCUCCCUCCUCCUGCCCACCAUCUCCUACGGCAUGGGCGAGCUGCUGCGCGCUGCGCUACCCAGACGCUGGACCGCCAUGCCCAGGCUCUGGUCGGGUCGACCCGUCGGUCUGCUGCACCAUCGCUGGGGCCGUAGUUUAGUGGGUGGGUGUCUGUUCAUCGUACUGCGCGAUGCGCUGAGGCUGUAUACAAAGUACAGGCAGGUGCAGGUGAAGAGCAAGAGGAAGAUCAAGAACGUGGAGAAACGUGUGCCGAGGUCUGGGUAA